AGCAAAACGCGUUCACGAACUGGUGUGUCCGUUGUUCUUGGUUUGACUUGCUAACGGCUACAGUAGCUAGCUGAAUUUUUAUAAAAUCUGUAAACAACAUAUCAUCAAAUCAUGGAAGGCCGUGGCUACAGUUCAGGAGGAUACUCGAGUUGGGGGGGCGGUGGAGGAGGGUCGGGGAACCGAGACAACUAUGACCUGUAUGGAGGGGGCUACGGAGGGGGGCAGAAGAGGGGUCUCUCUGGGAGUUCUCUGUUGUCGUCGACAGGGACCAGUGCGGACGCUGUCAUCGCUAAGAUCAACCAACGCCUUGACAUGCUGACCCAGCUGGAGGGAGGCAUGAAGGGCCGCAGUGACAGGUUUGACCAAUACGAGUCCUUCGACUCGCGGGGCCCCUCCCGGGAUCUCUACAGAUCCGGUAGCUAUGGUUACGGCGAUGGCCGAGGGGACAUGACCCAAAGAGCUUCAGGCUUCGGAGGAGGUGGUGGUCUAGGCUCAGGCUUUGACAGCUCCUCCUCCUACGGAGCUGCUAAGAUGCAGCGGCAGAACAUGAGAGACUCCUUCUCCAGUGGUCAAGGAGGAGGAAGCUGGGCCGGAGGAGGCCAGCGCUCCCCGAGAAGGGGGGGAGGCCGCGGAGGUUUUGGAGGCCGCAGAUCCGACCCCACUCCCAUGGGUGGAGGAGGAGGUAGGAUGGGUGGAAGAGGAGGAGGCCGGGGAGGUGGCGGUCACUCCCCCGGGGGUAGGGGCAAGCUCCCAUCCCUCCUGGGCCACCGCAUGUCCCCCCAGACCGGGGCCUUCCACCAGUCCGCUCAACAGGGCCGGGUCCCUGGGCCCCAGGACUUCCCAGGGCGCCACUUUGGAGGGGGCCCCCAGGCAGGCCACCAGCGUGGGCGCAAGAGGCCCCUCAACCGACAGCAGCAGCCUGGCGGUGGUCAGCGUGACGGUCAGAAGAAGAGAAAACAGACUCUGACCGCAGCAGAUGAACCAGAGUCCAAGAUAAACAAGACAGAGUCCGCAGGAGGAGACACAGCUAAAGAACCAGCAGAGAACAACGGUGAAACGAAUGAGGCAACCAAAGCCCCGGCUGAUGGAGAGAAAGUGGUGUCGAUGCAGGAGGAGCUCUCUCAGAUGAAGAAGAAGCUCCAAACAGGGAAACAGACUCCUCCCCAGGACAAGGUCCCCAAAAACAAGAGGAGGAGGGGCGGCUUCCUGGAAAGGUCAGGGGUCACACUAACACCCAAAAGUCAAACCCAGAGGGUGACGUUUGCGUGCUCAGUGUGUAAGUUCCGUUCAUUCUACCACGAGGACAUGGCAGCCCACCUGGAGAGCAAGUUCCACAAAGAUCACUUCAAGUUCUUGUCCAGUCAGCUGUCCAAACCCACCACAGACUUCUUACAGGAGUACCUGGAUAACAAGUAUAAGAAGACUGAGCAGAGGACCAGUCAGAUGGAGAACCACUGUGCUGCCAUCUGUCAAGUCUACAAGGAACAGGACCUCACCAGGCAGUUGGGGAUGGAACACUUCAUGAAGAAGGUGGAGGCGGCCCACUGUGCAGCCUGCGACCUGUUCAUCCCCAUGCAGUUCUACGUGAUACAGAAACACCUGAAGUCACCUGACCACAACUUCAACCGCAAGGGUAUGAUGGAGCAGUCUAAGAGGGCCAGUCUGUCUGUGGCUCGCAGCAUCCUCAACCACAAAAUCAUCGGCAAGAAGCUGGAGAGUUACCUCAAGGGUGAGAACCCCUUCCUCGGUAACCAGGACGACCAGGACCCAGAGGACUCAAUGACUAUGGAGGUGUCGGAGGCCGAGCUCACCAAUGAGAGCCUGGCGGAGGCGGAGACCACCAAGGAAGAGGCGGGGCCAGAGACAUCGCAGGCGGCCACCGGGGCUGAUGGGGUAGAGGAGGAGAAGAUGGAGGAAGGAGGAGGAGAGGAGGGAGGAGUGGCGGUGGCAGACGGAGGGGAGGAGGAGGCGCAAGGGUGUGUGUCGUUUGGGAAAGUCCAGUUCUGUUGGUUAGUCUGGGCAGCCAGUGACACGGUCGACUGCUAUGCCUGUGUGUGCAGGAGUCGUCCAGUGGGCUGUGAUGAUGAUGACGUUACUCUUCCUCCCCCUCCAGAGAGUCCAGUGGGCUAUGAUGAUGAUGAUGUUACUCUUCCUCCCCCUCCAGAGAGUCCAGUGGGCUGUGAUGAUGAUGAUGUUACUUUUCCUCCCCCUCUAGAGAGUGUGAUGGCUUGA